CAAACCCAUACUCACCCUCUAUCGCACAUGCGUACAGAUGCAUUUAGGGUAGGAAUCGCGCAAGCGCGGUAUGGACCGGCUUCUGCGCAUGGGCAAUGGAUGCCGGCAGUGGCUGCUGCUGAGUGCUGUGUAGGGGAAGAACAGGUGAAAGAGGCCCCGGCUGUCAGGUGCAGAGGCUGCGGGAGCAAUGGAGCACCCUGAUGCCACCCCUGAUAAUGACGUUAUGUCUACCAAUACAACUGCAAUGGUCUCUGCAGGGGUUGCAGAACUUCCUCAGUCCAAUGACACAGAGGAGCAGGAAGAGAUUCUUUUUCAUGAGGAAACAAUUGACCUUGACGCCGACACAUUUGAAUCUGAAGAAAAUGUCACUCUUUCCGAGGACUCUGGUAACCUGCUGGACAAGCUGAACGAGCAGAUGAUGGAAAGUGUAAUUAUCUCUGACUCUCCCAACAUCAGUGAAGAUGAUGCUGGAGAACUCGGGUGCCUACUAGACAUUGUGGAUGAAAUAGAGAGCAGUGAUACCAUAGGUUUAGGCCUUGAAACAGAAAAAGAGUGUGAUAUAAGCGUAAGUGACAAGAAGAGUCUCGAACUAGAGGCCAGUCCGGAAAACUCUAGUUCAGAGAUGUUAACUGUGACCAGUGAGUCUGCUCAACCUGAGAAUCAGCCGCACGUGGAAACUGAAAUGGUGACUAUGGACGCACAGAUGCCAGGGGGUGAACACCGAGAAGAGCUAGUCAUCCAAGGAAGCAAAUUGUCUCAAAUAGAUGAGACCAUCCCAGUUUGUACAAUCUUUAGCCAUGCUAACGCACAACAGUCGUUCUUAAUCCACGAUGGCUAUGAAUCUCAAAUGGUCAAGUCACCCAGUUUUGGAGCCGAGAUUAGAAGUUCAGUAAAGACUCAAACGCAAGUCGUCCAACCCAGUCCGAGCUUAAGCAACUUUUUUGCUGAUAGCGGAGUUGCCAAUUCUUCAGCCUCAGACUUUUUCGAUUCCUUCACCACCUCUUCCAUGUUUAUUUCUGUCAGUAAUCCAAAUGCAGCUCCAACUGUACCUGAAAGGAGCCCAGCGCCUCUGACACCGGAGAGCGCCACCUCCCUGGACGCUGCUGCUGUAGGGUUUUUUGUAGGGAACAAGUCCCUUGACUCGAGUAAUUCAGCUUCUUUAGAAAUACCUCAGUCACCAAAGCCGUUCUCCCAGAUUCAUAGCGUGUUUGCUGGAAGUGAUGACCCCUUUGCCACUGCUCUGAACAUGAGUGAGAUGGACAGAAGAAAUGACGCUUGGCUGCCUUCAGAGGAAACCCGAAACAUCCUCAUCACUGUAGCCACUCAGCAGUAUAACCCUGUCUUCAUUGACAAGGAGAAACUGACCAUGCCAGGGUUGAAGUUUGAUAACAUUCAGGGUGAUGCAGUGCGAGAACUUAUGUUGCGCUUCUUGGGUGAACAAGCGGCAAUGAAAAGACAGGUCCUCACCGCCAACGCUGUAGAACAGACAUUUCUGGGGCUCAAACAACUUCUUAAUAGUAAGAACUGGCGGGCGGCAGUGGACCUGAGUGGGAGACUGCUGAGUGCUCAUGGACAAGGGUAUGGUAAGAGCGGUCAGCCCACUAAUCACACCACCGACUCGUUACAGCUCUGGUUCCUGAGACUCUCUCUGUUGGUGAAGCUUGGGCUUUUUCAGAAUGCUGAACUGGAGUUUGAACCAUUUAGAAACCUAGACCAGCCGGACCUGUACUAUGAAUAUUACCCCCAUGUUUAUCCUGGGCGCAGAGGCUCCAUGGUUCCAUUUUCAAUGCGAAUUUUACACGCUGAGUUGCGCCAGUAUCUUGGAAGUCCUCAAGAAUCGCUGGACCGAUUGCACAGUAUGAAAACUAUUUGCUUAAAGAUAUUAGAUAAUUUGGAGAAAGGGUUUGCAGAAGAUGGAAGCAUGAUUACAAUGACUAACAGUAACAGGCAGGCCUCUGUUCAGCUGUGGAGGUCACGUCUGGGCCGGGUGAUGUACUCCAUGGCAAACUGUCUGCUAAUGAUGAAGGACUAUGUUCUCGCUGUAGACGCCUAUCACACGGUAACAAAGUAUUAUCCAGAGCAGGAGCCACAGUUGCUUAGCGGCAUCGGGAGGAUUUUUCUUCAGAUUGGAGACAUCAAAACUGCUGAGAAGUAUUUUCAGGAUGCAGAGAAUGUAAUACAGAAUCUGGCUAAUAGGGAUGAACCACAGAGAAAAAUAAUUGUUCUGAUGAACAGGGCUUUUCUUCAUCUCGGUCAAAAUAACUUUUUAGAGGCUCACGGGUUUUUCACGGAGGUUCUGAAGCUGGACCCAACAAACACUGUGGCAAAUAACAAUGCAGCCGUUUGCCUGCUUUAUUUGGGCAAAUUAAAGGAUUCCCUCAGGCACCUGGAAGGAUUGGUUCAGCAGGAUCCCAAAUACUAUCUCCACGAGAGCGUUCUCUUCAAUUUGACAACUAUGUAUGAGCUGGAGUCCUCGCGCAGUAUGCAGAAGAAGCAGGCUCUGCUGGAGGCGGUAGCUGUCAAGGAAGGUGACAGUUUUAACACUCAGUGUCUGAAGCUGCUAUAAUUCUGUUACUGCUCCGUCUCCGCACAGCGAGGAGAGCGCACAAUCCAAUCCCUGUGUAUAUAUUUCAGCUGGAAAAUGUAAAUGUUUAUUCCCAGGUUAAAUAAAAUAAUGUCAUUGAACAUUGAGAGAUUAUUCUA